GGAGGCGGACUGCAGCAGAGAGACGCAGGCACCGGGGAGGGCAGCUGGGAGCAGAAACGGCCCCGUCAGCUGAGCGUCUCACCCGGAUGAACCGUCCCGGACACAGCCGCCGCGGACCCGGCUCUAUGCUGGGCACCCGCAGCUAUAGCUAAAGCCUCAUAACUUCUUAUUUUUUGGAAGUAUUUUCUCGUCAUUCCGCCAUGGUUCUGGGCAAAGUGAAGGUCUUGGCGAUCUACUUUGACAGCUUGAACGAGAACAACCUGCCGGCGUUCUCCGGCGGAGACCUGGUUACCGGGAGAGUGGUGGUGGAGGUUACCGGGGACGUGCGGGUCAAGAGCCUGGAUAUAACCGCGAGAGGAGUCGCCAAAGUCCGAUGGACAGAGUCGAGGAACGCCGGAGCCAACACGGCUUACACUCAAAACUACACCGAGGAGGUGGAAUACUUGCACCAUUACGACACCUUGAUAGGAGAGGAGAGAGACGAGGACUGUCCAGAGGAAGGUCUGACUGUUCUGCACGCCGGCUUACACGAGUUCGCUUUCAGCUUCAACCUGCCUCAAAUGGCUCUGGCCACUUCCUUCGAAGGGAAGCACGGCAGCGUGCGGUACUGGGUGAAAGCUGAACUGCACCGUCCGUGGCUGCUGCCCGUCAAAGUGAAGAAAGAGUUCAUCGUGUUUGAACACAUCGACAUCAACACGCCACUGCUGCUGGCGCCUCAGGCUGGUUCGAAGGAGAAGACUCUGUGCUGCUGGUUCUGCGCUUCAGGCCCGAUCUCCCUCAGCGCCAAGAUCGAGCGAAAGGGCUACACACCAGGCGAGUCGAUCCAAAUCUUCGCCGAGGUGGAGAACUGUUCGUCCCGGGUCGUGGUGCCCAAGGCCGCUCUGUACCAGACGCAGACCUUCUUCGCCAAGGGCAAGGGCAAGCAGAUCCAGCAACUGGUGUCCAAUCUGAGAGGAGAGGCUCUGCUGCAGGGGAAGAGCCAGAGCUGGGAGGGCAAACUGCUCAAGAUCCCCCCGGUGUCUCCCUCCAUCCUGGACUGCCCCAUCAUCAGGGUGGAGUACGCUCUCGUGGUGUACGUGGACGUUCCCGGCGGAUUGAACUUGUCUCUCUCGCUGCCGCUGGUGAUCGGGACCAUACCGCUGCACGCCUGCACCACGCGCACCUCCAGCAUCAGCAGCAACUGCAGCACUUUGAGCUGGCUGGGCCUGUCGGAGAGACCCGAGGCACCGCCGAGUUACAGCGAUCUGGCAAUAUCGGAGUCUCACAGGCGGGAAUGUCUGCACAGCUGUGAUCGGUCUGACGGAGACGGAGAGGACGAGGGAUCUCUGCUAACUUACAUCACAGAGUUCAAGUAUCUGCCGCCGCCACUCUACUCUGAGGUGGAUCCUUACCCGACUUCCGGUGGUGAGGUGUCGCGGCCCUCGCGGGACGCCGGAGAUUAA